UAGCAGCCACCCUGCCGUCUUUUCGAGGAACGAACCGCUAUAGUUCCAGUGAUCGCAACGCUCCAUCUUUAGCACUGAGACGUCCUGUCGAUACAGAAGAAGACUGUCGCAAUGUGGUUUCUCUUGCCUGCUAAUCAAACUGAGGAGGUUUUAGCCAACUACCUGAAUGAUGAAGACAACGCACUAGCCUUGCGGGAACUUCAUGUCACCUGCUGCUUCGUCGCCAUUCCCGACCAACUGCUCAAGUGCGUACAACGAUGCACCAUGUUACACAAGCUGCGCUGCGUGGCCUGUCCUUUCAAGGCGAGUGAUAUGAUGUCCCUGCUGCUCCAGUUACCUUUUCUAGACCUUCUACACUUCUCCCUCGUGGCGCAGCAUGAUCUAGCCGGUGAGAUGACGAAAGUUCUCGUGCAAUGCGCGCGCGGCCGCACAGCUUCCAGCCUGCGCAGCAUGUAUGCCGAGGUGAUGGGCGACAGCAACUUCGCAAUUCUCGCGGUUUUCUUGUCUUGUUGCCCGAGCCUGUCCGAUUUGCAUGUGCACUAUAUGUCCGGGCAGUUGUCAUACGCGGUUCUAUACUGUCAGGAAAUCGUCGAGGGCAUCUCUUCGCUUAAGAAUUUUACCUUCUCCUCAGAUGUCCCGGCCUCUCUACAGCUGGAUAUGCCCGUGGAAGUGGGCUUCAAGACUUGCUUGCAAAUAAGCUCAAACGUCACUUAUUCCCAGUCGCACUCCCAUAACUACAGUUUCGCUCAGCUCAGUGACAUUGCGUUCGGACAUAGUGGCCCUGACUUGCCGCCACAGCUCGUACUGCUAGCCAUUUACCAACCCGAACAUUUGGCCCAACGUAUCAGCUCCGCCUGCGAAAUGGCCCACUGGACAUCAGUGCACCGUCUUUGCCUCGUCCUAGUUCCGGAAGAACCGGAAGCUACGCACUAUCCGACGCUGGGUGCAGAGUUCUUUCCCUGCCUUCGCGAAUUCUUCGUUAAAGCAGCGAGAAAUCUGCAAGAGCUCAACGUCAACUCUUUCCACUUCGGCCUCGACCUUGACCUUACGAAGGUGCUAUUAGUCGCCAAUAUCAAGACUUUAAGGGCACUUUCAACUCCGCCUUGCGGGCUCCGCCAUCCGUCCGCACUUCAGCGUCUCGUCAGUAGCUGCCCGGCUCUACAAGAUCUGGACGUUCGUGUAUACCGCCGAGGUUACUUGUUCCACUGCGCUGUUUGUGAAAGCCCGUUUGUCUUGCACGACGACGGCGUGGCCGUACUCAGCGGUGACAAUCUUCGCAAGGAGUUCCGGCUCACCCUUUGUGACUUGCCGAGCCUAGCAUCUUUGAAAUUUCUUCUGCGCUGUAAUGUCACGGAGCUGCGGCUUCUAAACUGUCCGGAGACAGUACGCGAAAGUUACGCGGCGCUUGGAACGCUGCUUCCUGGCAACGGUAACCUGUGGUACCUCCAGCUUCAGCAGGACUGGUUGCCGCUGUGUGAUCAGUCCUUCAUUGUUAACCUGGCCCUCAUUCAGAGCCUGAAAUACGUGUGCCUUAUAACGGGUCAGCUUGCGUCGGAUGAUAAUGUGCAUAAGAUCCUGCAUGGCUUGCACCUCGCCAUGCCAAACCUGACAGUAGCACACGUCCACUACCGUCGGCCACCAGAAGGCAUUGAGCAACGAAUCACGUGGAUGAGAAGCGCCAGCCGGCCACGCUAUCAAAAAGUCGGACAUUUGCUACGAGACUACCCCUGCAUUAUGUGCUGUACGGCGACGUUCAUUGGCCUCGCGAUGCCACCAGCAACCCAAGUCAUUUUCGCCCCGUAACCUUUGCUACCUAUAUCAUAUUGGGUUGAGAACUUCAUGUCUCUUUUGCAUGCAUACCACGAAGCGGAACUUCUUGCUGCAAUUGAAACAUUUCAAAAGCGCUUUUUAGUAUAUUGUUUUACCCUGUGACAAAAUGAAGCCAAUAAACUUGGAUGCUUUUUGAAUUGACGUCAUGGUGUAUGCACAAAAAUGUCAACAAAAACAUCGAAUAGAUGGUAAAUAAACAUUUAUCGCCAA